AUGUCUUCAGAGUCAGAAAAGGAUAAAGAGAGGCUGGUUCAAGCUGCCAAAACGUUCUUCUUUCACAUGCAAGAUCUUGCUUCUUUCACAAAUGCUCUCACUGAGUUGUUUAACAGCAAUUUGAACACUCAGAUCUUCUUGAUAGCUAUGAAAGAAGAUGGCUGUGUUAAGGAUGUCUUUGAACAAAUGCUCAGAAUUUUUAAGGAGAUGCAUUCUGCCGUGGAGGCAAUGCAGGACAAAAUGCAAAGUGAACCUAUUUGUUCCAAGAUAGCAACAGCUGUGUGCUCUAUGGUUGAGAAGAGUAGCAGUUUAAAGGAGUUUCAACAAUCAGCUAAAGAAAUGUUAAAAAAUGUCCAAACACCAGCCAUCGUCUCUGUGCUGAAUAGUGGGAAUAUCCUUGAGGGUUUGGAAUCUUCUCUUUCACUCUUGAUGAGAUAUCCCAUCAUGAAUCUUCAAUUCAAUGACUUCUAUAGCAAAGACACCAAAGAGCAACCAGAUGCCAGCACAUCUGAGAAAAGCCCAAGUCCAGGUCCAUCCAAAGCCACUACAACUGACAACUUAAAAAAGUUGCAGGAUGCACUAAACACCGGCACUGCCAAGGAUACCCUCAAGUCAGCCGCAGAUCAGCUGGAGCAGAUUGUCAAAACUCUGCAACCAAUCUUAGAGAUCCUCCAAAAAGCCAUAAAGACUAUAGAAACCAAGUUUUCUGGGUUCAAGAAAGCCAACAACUAG